AAGGGCGUCAGAGGAGGGUCGCGAAAGAGAGCCAAUGAGCUCGACGACGCGGCGCCAGUCGUCGAGUCGCCGUGUUAGUAAGAGUGCUUGCUCUCUGAUUGUGACUCGCUGCGUCCUCGUUCGGAAAGGGUCGUGUCCUGCCUCUGUCAGUAGGGGUUGGAGGCCUGUGGCAAAUUCUUCAAUUUUUCAUCCAUCCGAUACUCGAUCGAUUCGUCGCAAUUUAUCGAUAUCGUGCUUACCAACGCUGUAACCGUCACUGCUAUCGUGUGUUAUCGUUUCACUCGCGUCUUCUAUCGCGCCUUUUCGUUUUUCUUUUUCCCAUCGAUACGAUACGUAGGCUGAAUCGACGGCGGCCGAGAUCCAGGUCGUCCGGACACGAACUCGACGACAGUGGUUAUGUGCAGCUAUUACGCUCGAACGAAUCGUUGAUCGUCGAUGAUCGACUGUGAGAAUCGUCGAUAAUGAAACUGUUUGGUGGCUAUGUGACGGGGAUGAGGCUGUAAGAGAGGGCAACGGUUAUGAGAAUCGGUAGCACGCGUCUCGGUUUUCUAUUGGAAGAUAAUCUGAGAUCGAUUCGUUUUAGAGCCGUUCGACGAUCAAAUAAUGGUGACGGUGGUCGUAAUGGGACGAAAAGGGCAUCGUAAACUUAACGAUAACGAAAACGAUUGCCCGAAGAUCUUGGCACUUUUCGAAGUGUGAACGAAACUACGUAGAACGUUACGAAAUUCGUAAAUGAAAGAUUUCAAUUUUUGUGUAUUUAACCAACAAGUAUAUGCCCGUUUGAUACUUUGAAGUUUUUUUUUCUUUUUUUUAAGAGAAAAGAGAGAAAAGAUCGACGCUUUAAAUAGGAUUUGUUGUUGUAAGACGAUCGAUAUUUUUGCGAAUUAUACGGUGUCAUUUGAAAUAGUUUUAAGAAAUAGGGAAAUUAAUAACGAAAAGUGAAACGUUAAAACGUUUUAUACGGAAAACUAAACACGCGUACGUCUCUAUCGUCGAUAAUGAUCGAUAAAUAAAAUUAAUUGAAUUAAAAAUGAAAUAUUUUGCAGUCAAGCGAACGCUCGAUCCUGUGUUGAGAAAUAUCGAAGGGUUAAGGAAGUCGAAAGGAAAUUGCAUAAAUACUGUAACGGUGUAAUAAUAUUUUUAGCAGAAAUUAUAUUAACCGAUUCAGCAUCAAAUAUCCUCGUUAGACUGCGAGAAAAAGAUCUUUCUUGUCAAUUAUCGAUAAUAGAAGUAAAUUUUUUUUUUCUUAUCUCUCUUACUUUUCCAUAUCGAAUAACCGGACGCAUUUUUCUUUUCUCUCUGUCUGUCUGUCUGUCUCUCUCUGUCUCUCUCUGUCUGUCUCUGUCUGUCUCUCUCUGUCUGUCUGUCUGUCUGUCUGUCUGUCUCUCUCUCUCUCUCUCUCUCUCUCUCUCUCUCUCUCUCUCGAAGAGGGCGCUUAUAAUCCAGGCGCGAUAACCGAGCUUCAACGUGCCAAAGCUGAAUGAGAGGGGGAGAGAGGAAGAGAAAUCUGGUUAUUAAAAUCAACCUAUGCCGCUUCGUUCAACGUGAAAGAUCUGGUUAGGCGAAAAGAGAGAGGAAAGCAAAGGCAAAGGGACCCCCGGUCAGUGUCGUCGGUACUCUUUUCCAUUGUGUAGCCACGAUCUUCAAAAGGGUUAGAGACCCGCGGAACAGGGAAACUCGGUCAAUGAUAUCGAUGUCCGCGCGCGUCCGACAGCCAGCAUCUUUAAAGAAGGUGGUUCAUCGAUGGUAAUAAAUCACGCGACUUGGCACCAAUGCUCAUAUCAACCCCGAAGCUUUCAACGGAUAACUAGGGAUGGUAUCAAGUUCGUUAUAUACUUAGAGAUCCGUCUUUAAGGCUGUAGUUUAGACUGUUAUCCAGAUUUCUUGUUUAAUUAAUUGUUACGUUAAUUGUUACUUUGCUACGUUUGUUCGGAAUUAUCGCAUCUCCGGCCCUCGAACGAUUUUCGAGCUACGUAUAUAGAAAAUUCAGCAUCUACGUAUAAAUGGGAAUGAAAUGUAAAACGCGAUGCUCAAUUUGCAGCGUUCGAAUUCCAUGCAUAUACUUACGCUUCGUUUUUGGAAAAUAAAUUUCUCGCUGUUGUGUGAAAAUACAUACGACUAAACGAGUAAAGAUACGAAACUUGAUAUAUUCGAGCGUAAUUGAAUAGUAACAAUAGUAAAUGCUAAUAAAGUGAUAAAUAGAAGGACUUUUGGUAGCCGAUGCAACAGUUGGUGGCUACAGCUUACAAAAAGUAUUUACAUUCUACGACAUCGAUGAAUCGAAGAUAAUAUCUGGACUGGUUGGUCGCGUGAAUUUUUCGAACGGUUUCUUAUUUAAAGCUACUUAUGACUGAAAAAUUUUAACGAGCAAACUUUGAACGCUUUAUUUUAUAACGGAGUAUAACGGAGUGCGGAGAACGAUUUUGCGCUGAACGAGAUCUGCGCAGAACGAUUUUAGUAAAUGGGACGAAGUAAAGAAGAAACUAGAAUUCCAUUCUAGGGCAAGUUGGAGGCGAAAUUAACAAACCGUUCGAAUAGUAUAGUUACGGAAUAGCAUAGUUACAGAAAUGUUCUUUUUCCUUUGCAAAUGGAAAAUCUACGAUCUUCUUUGCGUAAAUCGGCCGUUAAGUAUUGUUCGUCGUUGAACGUAGUAAUCGUUUAUAGCGUAUCUAACACAGCGAUCGAUUUGAAACAGGCAAAGAAUAAGAGGUUAUAGAGCGGGGAAGCUACGGUAUCGUACGCUACAUUAUCGGAAUGUUGCAGUGUCUAAAGUUUUCGUCGACCGAACGAUACUUUUUGCUCGCCGUGCUUUACCACUCUACGACGUGCUUUCUACGAUUUUCUGUCGUUGCUGUGGCUUUGGUAGGAAGAUGACGCUGUACACGUUAAUAUCUCGCGUAUAAUAAGACGGAAAUUUUUUACCGGAUCGGAUUAAACUCUGUGAAAAUUUCGAGUAAAAAAAAAGGUGCUGUUGAAUCAUUUUUCCAUCGUAGUCGCUGGCUGUUUCGGCUGUUUCGGCUGUUUCGGCUGUUUCGAGCAAUUGCGAGAUCGUUGAAACGGAUCCGAAGCGGAAACUGUGCAUCGGUAAAGAUGGCGGGAAAACUAUUUAAAGGGGGAAAUUAAGGAGGAAAGUGUGGAAAGAGAGUGGAAAGAGAGUGGAAAGAUGUUGUGCUUGGAUAUAAAGCUGGUGUCUCGUUUGCGAGGAGUCUCGUUGACGAGUGGCUCGUCGACGAACGUGCCGGCAGUCUCGUUGUCGGUGAGCUCGACCUCGUCGACGACCGUCGGCAUAGAGAAGAAGAAUUUGUCAAGCAAGCGAAGCAAAGGGGGAAGGGAGAGUUGCGCUGGAAAUGGGAAUUCGGUGACGGAAAGCGACAGCGACGAAGAAACGUUGCCUGUUUCUCGGACGAUCCAGAGGAACAGGUCGAGAUCGGUUUGCGUGCCAGCCUUGUCGUCUGCUGCUCGUUGCACGCAUCUUCAUCGACGAUCCAGCCAUCAUGCAUGCAGCACGGAUGCCAUUUCCAGGCGGGGUGUCCUCUCCAGGCGAUAUUACGGCAGCGUGGAAAUGCUGCCACAAAUGGAGCAAGACGGGUCCGACAAUGGAAGAAGAUUUCGAGUGGAGAACGGUGAUUCCCCGGGCGAGAAAGAAGAAAUGUUCGGAUCACCGAGUACGCCGAUAUUGGAAAAUCCCGAGUACCAAACGCGCUGGUACUUCAAAUACUUUCUCGGAAAACUGCAUCAAAAUUACGUUGCUGCGGACCAAGAAAGAAAUCCCUUGUUUCUAUCGGUGGUGACGAGCGAAGUCAGCGAUCAAAGCGUGCCACAUUACAGAGUUAUUUUAUGGAGAAAAACUGGCGCACAGAAGAUAUCGCUGCCAUACUCUGCGAACAAAACGAUGACGAUCAGGCAGAUCUUGAGCAAUUUCUUUGGUCUUGAGAAACUCGAUAAGGCUCCGCGCGAGGUUUUUUCCCCCGAAAUUCAAAAGGAUCUGCUAUUACUGGAAGAGCAAGAAGGUUCCGUCAACUUCAAGUUUGGCGUGAUAUACGCGAAGAAAGGGCAAACGACCGACGACGAAAUGCUAUCCAAUGAGAAGGGUAGUCCAGAUUUUGACAAGUUCCUGGAAAUCGUGGGCGAGAGGAUAGAACUGAAGAAUUGGGACAAGUAUCGAGGUGGUUUAGACGUAAAAGGCGACAUGACUGGCAACGAAAGUUAUUAUACGGUGUACGCGGGACACGAAGUGAUGUACCAUGUGAGUACGAUGCUUCCCUAUUCGAAGGACAAUCCGCAACAGUUGGAGAGAAAGCGACACAUCGGUAACGAUAUCGUUAACAUCAUUUACACGGAUGACUCGAACGCCAUAGACACUUUCAACCCAAACUGCAUCAAAAGUCAAUUUACCCACGUAUUUGCCGUGGUAUCGGCCGAAGAAAAGGGUAAAGGAUGGCGCGUGGCCAUUUACUGCGACGAAAAUGUUCCUCUGUUUGGUCCGAGCCUUCCAUGCCCACCUGUGUUCGAGGACCCGUACACCCUGCGAGAAUUUCUUCUCGUCAAGUUAAUAAACGGCGAGAAAGCUACGUUCAACACGCCAACGUUCGCUCAAAAAAGGGAAAGGACCCUGGACGCUCUUCUCCGGGAUAUGUAUCAAGAACACUCGCAGGAGAGCAAGAGCAACGCUCCAGGUCGACGUCGCGAGGAGACCCGUGCUGUGGAGAUGGUGCGCGUCGGACAGGCCCUGAAACUCGAAGCGAUCGUCAGAGGUUUGGCGCCAACUUCCUUGGCCACUGCUGGCCCUUUGAAGCCUAGACCGUGGGAGCCAAGGUGUAUCUAUCCGGAUUUCCCGCACGAAGUCGUAUGCGGGGACGUUUGGCUGGAUAACAAGCUGAUCUUGGCUACCGAGAAUGGAACUUUUCUGAUCGAAGACAGUUUAUCGCACAGACUGAUCUUCGACGAGUCCGUGCAAAUUAAACAGCUAGACGUGGUCGAGCAACACGGAAUAUUGUUAUUUCGAACCGGUGACAAAGGCAAAGAUAGCAACGUGUACGUUUUUCGUCUAAGAGAAUUCGAGAAUAGCACGACGAGUAGGUCUGCCGAAAUUCCAAACGAUCGUGAAGACGAUCAAGAGUGCGAGGACAAUGGCGACGAGGACGAUGUGGACGACGACGCCGACGAAAGCGAAGAAAACGAUUGUGACAAUUUCACGCGAGCCACUACAAAAUUUAAGCCCUUGAUUCGUCGUACUCGCGUUCGUGUUCGUCCCUUGGCUGUUAGAGGACGAGCGCAUAUAAAGGAAAGAAGACUACCUAGAACUCGGGGCUGCCAUUUAUACACCGUUACUAUGCCUGGUGGCUCUCAUUUGCGCAUGUGCGUAGCGGUUGGCCGACGUUUGAUAGUUUUCCAAUGGAAACAUAGCGCCGCGUGGACCGCAUGGUGUUCCGCUACAGAUACAGAUACCGUGGAAGGAUUUUUGCAUUUGAAGGAGUUGAAUGCCAGCGAAUCUCCGACGUUGGUAACGAUAGUGGAAAAUACAGAUUCGAGCAAUGAAUGGACGCUUUGCUGCGGUGUCCGACAUCAUUUUGAAUUGAUCUCAGCUUCUGGAAGCACGAGAAUCCUUCACAUCGAGGGAACACCGAAACCGCACGUGGUGGCUGCUUUGGACCUCUGCGAAGACGAAGAACCCGAAUUGUUGCUCUGCUACAACAAUACGUGUCACUUUCAAAAACUCUUAGAAGAGAAUACCGUACCAACGGAAUUCGAUUUCAACUGGAAUUCCGUUCCCGCGGCGAUAGCCUGUGCCUUCCCCUACGUGAUCGCCUUUACCAACGACACCAUGGAGAUACGAUUGAUAAUCAAUGGAAAUUUGGUGCACACGAUCGCCAUGCCAAACCUGAAUCUAAUCACGUCGAAGCAAGACAUCUUCUUCGCUACAACGGCUCCAGAAUUUCUGCCUGGAAAAUGCGAAAGAAUUCGCCUGGACUCGAAACCCAUGGACAAGGAAGAACCGGUUUCCAGUCCGCCUCCUUUCCCCCAAUCUUCUACGUCUCGAUCCAAUCAGCAAAACAGUCAGGGCGAUUGGAAGCCGAUAAGAAUCUACCAAAUACCGUUGCAAACGUUAUCGAGAAGUAGCUUGUCAACGUGCUCGCAACGACGCUGUCCCAGCCCUGCCGAGCCAGAAAUCAUCUCCGCGCCGCCGACCAGCGACAAGAGUUUCCUCAGCGUUGAGCCUCACAGAACGUUGAGCAGAUCGUGUAGCAGCAGUCCAACGCCAUCGCCGACCAACGUGCUUCCGCCUCGGCUCCGAAAAUAGGUUGGAUCGCUAGCGAUCCUUGCAGACUUGGUUCGACCACGUUGAGCGUCGAUAAUGCCGCGUUAGUCGACGUGGCGUCAUUAUUGAGUUAAGGUUUUAACUCAAUUCUUAACGUACAAUUCUUUUCAAGAUCAAUCAAACCGAUGAAAAAUGCGCAAUUUUCUUUUUAACGCAAUCGUUUCUUAGCUCUAUAACGAUGGAUGUUUCUCCAACACUCUGCGUCUUACGUUCUUACGUUCUUACUACGUUUAGUAACUUACGUUUAAUACGAUAAAGCGUAAAACGCAAGAUGGGAGAAGCACGUGUCUUCGUGACACGAAGAAAUGCGAAAAUGUGAUUUCUAUUAGUACAAAAAGUUGCAUGGUUGAUUGACCGUGACUGUUAUUUAUUAAUAACAUUUUAUAAUAUCAUCGGUAAUAAUCAUCGUUGGUUAGUUGCGAGCGCAUGAGCGCCGACGGAUGAAACAAAAUUUCCGUUAAAAACUGGCGCUAAACGGCCACGCGACUCGAGCUGCGCAACUCGAGCAACGUAUAAACGACCUUCCUUGAUCGUUGACAGAUCGCAGCUGUAGCUGAAGCUCGUGCCUCGAUCCAAUCGUAAAAUCGACGACGGAUCGUGCACGAUUCAGUGCGUUUCAUCUGUAGCUAGAAUUUACUGCCGUUGCAAACAGCAAUCGAGAUAAAGUAGACGACGUAAGUGCGUAUACACGUACGCGAAACGUACACGUUUCUCUUCUUUUACAAUUAUACUGUUUAAUUAACAAUGUAUUACCAUAGUUUUAUUAGCAAUUUUUAUGCAAACCUGACUUUCUUCGCGUUAGCGUUUAUUCGAACGUUGAUCGAACCCAGGUCAAAUCUAUGUUUCUAUCGCGUUGGAAAAAUAUUGGAAAAAGAGUUGGAAAAUCGUAUCGGACGGCGGAUAUUUAUGCAUUUGCGAGAGACUUAGAAUCGCGGAGAUACGCAGCAUGGGUAGGAAUGCCGUAGAACAGCCAGAAAUAUUAUAAAUGGCCAAAGUAAAUGCAAGUUGGAACGUGCCAUCUUUGUUUUUCCUCGUUUCGCCUAAAAUAUCUAGUCGUAUGUAUUAUAAUUAUGGUCGUAUAUGUAAUAUAAUUUCCAAACAGUCUAUACGAAAUGAUUCUGACGUAUCUCGAGGAAUGAGAAAAUGCCGGAUAGCUCGUUUCGAUCAAGGAGAGAGCAAUACGACGCUUGUUGUAAAUUGGCCACGUUCCUACGAAAUCCACGCUUCGCGAGAUAUGUACAAGCACACACACGUCCAUCGAUUCGAUUUAACGUACGGAGAACGAAAGUAUGUAAGUAUAGGAAUUACUCUACAAACUGGUUUCUAUAUCGUAAACGUAAACAACGAAAAAAUAUGUUUUUUAAAUAAACCUAUACGUGAGUAUUUAAUUUAUACGUGAGUAUUUAAUUUAUACGUGAGUAUAAAUAAUACAUUUGUCAUUAUUUGCCAAACUAUAGAAGCAUAAAGCUUAUCGGCUGUUUCAGUUUCUACAAAAUAACGUCUAACGUUCGCUGCUCGUGAACGAAACGUUGAUCUUGAUAAGUUUUUCUUGCAAAUACGAAAAAUCACUCUAUACGUGUAUUAUAAUAAUAACAACAACAACAACAACAACAAUGAUAAUAAUACGUAGAAGAAUGUUUAGUACUAGGACUACUACAGUACCAGAUGGUAAUAAACAAUAAAUAAAUGAUAAAUAAUUAAAAAGAGUAGAAAUUAAAAAGAGAACGAUACGAAAUUUUACGUAUAGUUGGAUCUAAUCGGUCGGUACUCGUGUAAAUCCGUAUAUAUGAUAAAUAGCACGUACAGUGUAUUUUGAUGGGGUCUCGUAACAUGCAACAAGUUUCAUUAUUCUGUUAAUGUUGCAACGUUAAAGUAUUAUCUUAACGUUGACAAAGUUGAAGAGAGAAGAGAGAAGAGAGUCGAAACUUUCUUUAGUCGCGAAUUUAGUCGCGAAAACCUCGAAUCUGCAUAAAUAUCCGCAGUCCACCUGUUACUUUUAUUCUUUUCUCGUCUUAUUCGAAUUUACUCGAAAUUCGAAAUUUCGAUCAAGAGCUGUUUAAAAGCUAAACUCUUUACAGAGAACUGGAGAAAAAUCAAAAUGAUAUACGCGAUCUAAUUUAGCCACUUGUCAACAACUCGAGCGAACGAACGAUAAAGAGCGAAGGAUUUUCAUCAUUUUCAAAGGUUUUCCAAGGUCUACGCAAGUUUUACCACGUUUUACAAUUACUUUUACGUAAUUCGUAGAUAACUUAUACGUCGAUGGUCUCGUUCGAUAGUUGUCGUGACGAAUUACCUGCCGAUAAUUACAACGGGUACGAUAGCAGUCACGUUAAUACGUAAAAGGAUAAUUAAAGAAAAUGUACGCUGUCGUUGGUAAGAUUUCUCGCUGCGAACGUGUACUCGCGCCGUUAAAUCUUAAAUCGCGCCUAGCGAUUUCUAUAUGUAUGUAUUUACCGCAAAUAAAAGGAAGACAACCUAUUAAACGUUCAUAAUUCAACAGGAAUUUGGUAAUUAUGUGAUCUGAUUGAACAACUCUUUUUUUUCUCUCCAAGUAACUUUUCAUUCGGACGAUAUAUGUAUAUUUGUCGUACAGUCGACCGACUGUCGAAUCGAAGAUCGAAAUAAAGCGCCAAAAUGCAACAUCCAUCGACUCUUAUCGUCGAACCUUAUUGCAAACUGCAUUGCCCACUGCAUAUUUAUCUAGUUCAGCCUACGCUAUGUUUAUUUAUUUACACGAUAUUAAAAAUGAUUAUCGCGUUGAUAAGUUAAGAUUAAGCUAAGUUGGCCUAUGUGCGUCAAACGUACAUAAUCUAUCGUAACAUAAAAAUGUAUUCGAUGGAUUUAAUCCAAGCUUUUUACUAAUUUACCCAUAUUUCUUUGUCGCUAACGUAAUAUGUUAUGUUAUGUACGUAGUAUAUGUAGGUACUCGGAAUGUUCAUUUAAUUAUUGUACUACGAAGAAUUUCAUCAAGCUUGUGUCUCGGAAUACGAUUUCUCGGAAAAAUUCGCAGCGCCAAACGAUACAACGCGUAUCAGCGACUCUCUUUGCGAAUCUCUUUGGAAAAACUAAACGCGCUGACCACAGCCACUUUAUCGAAUUGCAUGAUUCUUUACCCAAAACGCUACACCGCUGGAUCGCCCCAUUCUCUAACCUAAGACACAUUUUCCAAUAUAUCGUAGAACACAGUCUCACAUCGUAUGUUAGUUUUUUGAAAAAUUCCUAUGACCGAUACUCGACGCAACGAACGAAAAUCUCAUCUUGGCAUCUUGCAUGUAACAUAGGAAUUACGUGUUAGACAUGGAAACUUGUGGGCUCGAUGUCUUCACUUCGAGUGAAUAAAUUUUAACUACACGUACGUUGUAUCGCGUCCUUAACACGUAGUUAAAAUUCGAAGAAAUUCCCAAGAAACUCACUUCCUCCGAGACGUAUCUUAACAUCCUCUCUUUGUCGGAGACAAAGACCAAAUGCACGUUCUCUUUCUCUCUCUCUUCUUUUUUUUUUU